GCGAUCGUGAACGUACGUGUGCAUUGAUUGUCUUGCGUGGUAUUGCCUUCAAUUUCAGUUAACUUUGAUUGCAAGAAAACGAAGAAAAAAACCCCCAAAAAACUACUUCUGUGGUCAGAAUAUAAGCUUCUUCGCAGUUGUUGCUGGUGAUCAAGAGGUUAAAUCAUUGAUGUGACACGAUCGAACUGUGACUUUUAAGCUGAUCUAAGGAUCUACCAUUGACUAUGGGUCGGUUGUUUCAAGCUGUUUUUGUCGUGGUGGUUACUUUGACUGGCCUCCGAGAAACUGACGGCACUUUCUUGGGUGCCGAUUAUUGGAAUCUGCGGUAUGGAGAUCAUGGAAUCAACUAUGAAACCGGUUCUAAUAUGUUCAACGGCCUGUGGUCAGCUUCGUCCUCUCUCAAUGGGCACUACGGACGACCAGAUUCUGACUACAGUUCAAGGACAUGCACAUGUUCCUGUAAUGAGGUUGAAUUGACUGUAGACUGCACGGGGACUACCACAGUGACAUUGAAGAACUACAACUUUGACAAUUUGACCAUCCAUACAUUCAACCCUGGAACCACAGAAAUAACUAUCGUUGGUGGUCUCAAGAACGUCGACCGGGAUGCAUUCAGCCGUCUGGACAAGCUCACUAAACUGACAAUACACAACACGGAUAUUACGACUUUUCCAGAUUUGUCCAACUGUACAAGUUUAGAGGAGCUAGAUCUGACAAGGAAUAAGAUUAAUCUAUCGCCGAUGAAUUACAGGACCAUCACAUUUUCUAAAACACUGACACGAGUGAGCCUGAUGGAGAAUAACAUUGACUGGCUUCCUCCUGGCUUCUUCUCUCAGACCAAAAUAGCGUAUCUUGGUCUGAGUAUGAACGAGCUGGCUGCUUUUCCCAGUGAUUCUCUGCAGAACAUGCAGAACCUUACCUUCUUGUCUCUGGAUGACAACAAACUGACGUCAGUCUCCAAGCGCAACCUUCUUUCUCUGGUAUCCUCUAAUCUGCAACACCUAAAUCUUAGCAACAACAUGAUCGACUACAUAGCACCGAAAGCACUCACACAGUUGAAACAGCUCAAGAUUCUAGAAUUGCAUAGGAAUCUCCUUGCAGAUCUGCCAGCUCUAACUAUUGAUAAUAUCCCACAGCUGUUACAUUUGGAUUUGAGUUACAACAGAGUGCAAUGUCUGAAAGCCAAGGCUAUCACCAAUCUACCGUUUUUGAGAACACUGAUUUUGCACAAUCAAGAGAGUGGUUAUGAGUUGGAAAGCAUUCGCUACAACGCCUUCAUCGGGAUCAGCGGUAACCUAACAGAGCUAUACCUUAGCUCCAAUGCUUUACCAUACUUCCCUCAUGCAGUCCUAUCGGAAGAAACAUAUAACAAAGUUGUUGACUUACACAUUGACAACAACAUGAUCGCCAAUGUCACUGAGUUUAGUGCUGACCAGUUUUCCGGUAGCUUGGUGUUGUACAACUACAAGCUGACAUUGCAUGAGCCAUUUGCUAAACUUCCUAGUGUCAACAGACUUUUCUUGCAAACUAACAGAAUACAGGGAAUCAACAUGGAGGAGUUGUGUAAGAUGAGCGUCCUGCAAGAAUUGAACCUGGACAGCAAUCUGCUGACGGACGGAACACUGGAUGAGAAAGCUUUCGAAUGUCUUACCUAUUUAACAACGUUGCGCAUGAGCAAUAACUAUUUCCAGUACGUUCCACCUUCUGUGCAGUUCCAGGAAAGAGUCAAAAGUCUUCAAUUUCUGUAUUUAGCUAGCAAUGACAUAACCUUUCUUUUAGCCGGCGCAUUCUCCAACGUAACUACGCUGAGUUAUCUGGGUUUGUCUAGCAAUCGUAUCAUCUCCGUCGAGACUGGCGCGUUCCCAGAUGACAUCAAUAACAUUGAUAUGAAUUCCAAUCAGUUCUACUUCCUGCACGAGAACCCCUUCACCAACUUGAGUUCCCUGAGUAGUCUUAGCCUUAGCUACAACGAGAUUGAUAUUAUACCAGAUACGGCAUUUGAUGGUUGCACAUCACUCCGUAGCAUUGGUCUUACAGGCAACAAAAUUGGACGGAUUUUGAUCACGACUUUUGAGGAUUGUCCAUUGUCGAGUAGUCUACAGCUUAGUAGUAAUGAGAUAGCAUAUAUCGAGGAUGGGGCCUUCGCUCACGUAACCUCAACCAGUUCAAUUGGUCUGCAGAAUAACCGACUGACUAAAAUACCAAUGGGUGGCACCUUUGUCAACCUCACACUGUCAACACUAUCUCUGAAUGGUAAUAAGAUUAUUGAAGUCAAAACGGGUGCUUUCCAGAAUCUGAGAACAUCAUCUUCCCUGAACUUACAAGAUAACGACAUUGCGCACAUAGAGCCCUAUGCAUUCGACUCGGUCUCUGGAGCUUAUCUUUAUUUGAGUAGCAACCCUCUCCAAACCAUGAGUUCAUAUUCCUUCAAUGAUGUGACCUACUCAUAUAUAUAUCUCCAAUCAGUGGGUGUGACCACCAUUCCAUCCCAUGCAUUCAAUGGUGUCUCAGCAUCAUAUUUAUACAUGCAGUCCAAUGCUAUCAGCAUCAUAGAGGAAGAAGCAUUUUCCGUCACAAUUGGACAACUUCAUUUGGAAAGCAACCAGAUCAGUGAUAUUAGAGGGAAGAUGUUUGGAGAUUUGUCGACCAUUCAAGAUUUGUUUUUAGAGAACAACAAGAUUUCAUCGCUUUAUGGUGACACGUUUGAUGGGGCAACCAUCACAACAAUAUCAUUGUAUAACAACGUUUUAGCAACGUAUCCUGCCAAGGCACUUUCCAGUCAGAAUCUGGACAAAGUUCUUCUGAAUGAUAACCAGAUUGGAACCAUUCCUGCGAAUGCGUUUGAAGGACAGACCAGCAUGGAAAUACUUAACUUGGAAAAUAACAGGUUGACUGAGAUCCCAACUGGUAUCCUGGCACCGUUAACCAGCUUGAGGAGCCUAUUACUGGGCCAGAAUAAUAUAAGUGCAGUAAAUAAAGAUGCUUUUGACGGGCUGGCCAACCUGGAGAUAGCGGAUUUUUCAAACAAUGAAAUAAGCCAUUGGCCAAUGAUGCCGAGCCUCCCCAACCUUCGGCAACUCGACUUAUCAAACAAUGAGAUUGAGACAGUGGGCCAGAACGCCUUCCAUGCACUUGAUGCCAAGGUCCUAAGUUCUUUGAAUCUUGCUGGCAAUCCUCUAAGCUGCACCUGCAACCUCUACUACUCCCUGGGAUAUGACAAUACCUCUGUUGUCGGUGGCACGUGUGCGGCACCCAGUGAGGCGGCUGGUAUCUUAUUCUCCUACUCCAGCAUGUUAUCCCCAAAAUACUUCACCAAUGUAAAUCCAGCAUUAAUUCAAUGUGCUCCAUAUGAUGUGACAGCGACUGCGCCGGAAUUUCAACAGAUCCAGGUGAACUGGACAGCACCCAGUGAGCAGUAUCCAAAUAGCACAGAUACCAUGGAUGAUUGGAUUUACGAUGUAAAUUGUACCAGCAAUGCAGCACCCACACUGUACUACAACACAACAUCCAUUUGGCACCUUUUCACUUCGGAGGAUGGCGUGGCGAGCGGUACUGAUUACAUAUGUCACGUGACACUGACGGUGGGGAACUACACCAGUGCACCUGAUGAAUAUGUAACAGUGACAACUUUAGAAAAUGUUGCUGAAACCAAUGCCACUGCAUCAACAGGUGAAGAUAUAAAGCUGAGCGUCAUCUACUAUGAUUUCAGUUUUGAGCAUCCAGAUUUCACCCCUGUUGGUAAAGACGUCAUAAGUCGUCCGAGCUACGUUGUUUCACCCUACGGUGCUUGGUUAGCCAUCUCCGAUAACCCUACCAGUGAUUCCUUCUCGCGAUGGUUUCGUCAUGACGAGUCUUUGAACCACGCCAUAGAAUCUGAGCUAGUCUUAGAGUGGCUGAACUCCUCGGGUCUUGUGAAUCCACAAAACAGAUACUGGUCGGAGUCUUUCUAUCCAGUAGAUGGACUUGGUUUUGCUGCACAGGGACAGAGAGACUGCAACUUCAUUCUUCAUAACUUUGGUUUCACGGGUGCUAUAAGGACUGGCGUCAUGUUCAACGGUACGGAGGUGAUAACGGUCGGUGGUGGGGAUGAAAUCUGGGUGUAUGUCAAUAAGAUUCUGGUCUUAGAAGUCCAUGGUGACGCGUCAGGAAGCCCGGUCAAGUGUAAGAGGAUAAUGCUGGCAUUGGCUGCGAAUCAAGGCGGAAGCUACUUGAUUCCCGAAGAAGGGACCAUCGUGAAUGGGGAAUGCCAGAUAUCUGACACUGUGCUUGCUGAACAAGUGUUUCUUGAGCUAGAGGUCGGUGUUUCCUACCACUUUGAUAUCUUCCACACCGAGCGCAACCCUUGUUCCUCAGAGUUCUUCCUAGAGAUUCAAGGCAUGGACUUCCUUCCGUUAGACCCAGACAACCCUCCAGUUGACUACGCCGUCACAGUGGACGAGGAUCUACACCUUAAUGCCAUCUUGGAAUCAAUCUGGGUGGCUGACGUCUUCUCUACUGGCCCUAAUUAUCAAGUCACGAUCACAAGUGGCAACGAAGCUAGACACUUUACACUAAAGAACAACACGGCAGAGAACAUCGCUGAUGGCGUUGCCCCUACCACAACCCCACCACCUUUCACCCAUACUGCGAACGGCACUGACUUCAUAAUCUGUGACUCCGAGGCAGUUAUUGUUCCAGAACCGAAUGAAGCCGCAGCGCAAGUAUUUGAUGUUCAUUCGGAUAAGGCUCUGGUAACUUUGGCAACUGAGCUGGAUCAUGAAGUAGCAGCAUUCUAUCUCCUUAAGAUCAGUGUAACUGAUGUGAAUGCCAGUCCGCAACACGAAGGCACGCUGACCGUACAGAUUACCGUGAAUGAUGUGAACGAUAACUGUCCCGUGGUAUCCAACAACAGUCUAGCGUUCUUCCCACUGCCUGUUCUCCAGGAAGAUCCCCUGGCGGACGUCGUAGCAACUGACGCUGACAGUGGUGUGAAUGGUCAGAUCACGUACCACACAUCGACAAUCACGCAAAUCCCCAUCGUCAACGACACGUUCUCAACCCUUCAGCUGACCAUCACAGCUAUUGAUAACGGAACACCAGCGCUUGGUACAAUAGUCAACAUCACAGUAAUGAUCAGUAACACGUGUCUGUACGACGCUACUAGCGAACCUGUGGACGUUAAUAUUUACAUUGAUGUGCCAACUGGCGGUCUGUACAUGAGGGUGCCCAGGUACUAUGCUUAUGAAUAUGAUUGCAGAGAUGCCCUUGGUGUUCAGACUGGCGUCAUUCAGGACAGCAUGAUGUCGGCGUCAUCGUACUACGACGAUGCGCACACAGCAGACAGAGCAAGACUCCGCGCAAACGCCAGCACGGACGGUAAAAUUGGAUCCGGUUGGAUAGCAAAAACUGCCGAUGCAAACCAGUGGUUACGGAUCAAAAUGAAGGCAGUCACCAUCUUCUCUGGAGUCAGGACUCAGGGUGUUGGAGAUGUAGAAGCCUGGAUUGAAUCAUACUAUGUAGAAUACUCCAAUGAUAGCAGUACAUGGUACAGGAUACAGGAUGAAGAUAGCAAUGAUCAGAAUUUCACUGGUAACACAAAUCAGAAAACUGUCACUAGUGUGUAUUUCGAUGAAGUCUACGCUCAGUAUAUCCGCAUCCUACCCCAGACCUGGCACAAUCAGAUAGGGUUGAGGUUGGAGAUUGUUGGCUGUACGACAGAGCGACGACUGCGACACUUGACCCAGUGUGAGCGUUGUCUGACUACCAACUACUGCCUAGGGGACGGUUUGCAGCGACCCUGCGGUCGCUGUGAUCCUCCUACAGACUCAUGUAACCGGUCACCGUCAGAACAUUCCUUUGGACACGCCUAUGAGUGUGUGCCCUGCCCAAUAGGAUGGUUGUGCGUAGAUGGUUAUGCCACACCAUGCCCCAAGUACCAUCAUGGCCGCUGUAAUGAAACAUAUUGCCCAGAGACCUGUACUUUGUGUGACCCAGGCACUACUUGCUUCAGGGGUAUACAAUCCAUCUGCCCUCAGGGAUUCUUCUCACAAGGAUUCGAUACAGAGUUCUGUAAGCCCUGUCAACCAGGCACAUUCAACAACUUUACCGGCCAGUCUGUGUGUGAGAACUGCCCAGCCGGCUACCAGAGCACACAGGCCAAGAGUUCAUGUGCACCAUGUCAUAUCACAGCAUGGUCGGCGGGAGACGGGACACCAUGCAAGUCAUGCUCCAGUGUAGCGGAAUGUCCGUGUAUGUCUGAGACUGGACCAUGUGCUGAAGGUGUAUCCUGCAUCAAUCAAGGAUCAGGGAGUUACUUCUGUGGUGCAUGUCCAGCUGGCUAUUCUCAGGAUGGAAAUGGAUGUGCAGAUAUUAAUGAGUGUGACAUCGCUAAUCCUUGCCAGUUCUCCUGCAACAACUUGUCUCCAGGCUAUGAAUGUUCGGGAUGUCCCCCAGGCUAUGUUGGGGAUACACCUCAUGGAAUUGGUGUGGAGCAUGCACAAGCCAAUCAACAGGUGUGUGAAGAUAUUGAUGAGUGUGCGGUUGACAAUGGAGGAUGCGACACCAAUGCUGGAUGUGAAAACACAGCGGGCAGUUAUCAAUGCGGAUUUUGCCCGCCUGGUUACCUAGGCAACGGAAAGAUUGGUUGCAGCCCAGGUGAUUACUGCUUGCUGGGUCAGGCUAACUGCCAUGAGAAUGCUACGUGUAUCACAACGGGAGCGGGUACCUAUGUUUGUGAGUGUGACAGUGGUUGGGCAGGCAAUGGUGUCUAUUGUGGUGUGGAUACCGAUCUUGAUGGACGACCAGAAUUGUCUCUUCUGUGCAGCGACGCAUCAUGCAAAGCAGAUAACUGUCCCCAGCAUCCAAACAGUGGGCAGGAGGAUACAGACAGCGAUUAUAUUGGUGAUAUCUGUGAUGAUGAUGACGACAACGAUAGCAUCUUUGACACUCGGGAUAACUGCCAGUAUGAACCAAAUCCUAUGCAAGAAGAUACCGAUGGUGAUGGAUUCGGUGAUGCGUGUGAUAAUUGCCCCUACAAUAGCACAUCUGACCAGGCAGACAGUGACGCAGAUGGCAUUGGUGAUGUAUGUGAUCCUGAUGACGAUAAUGAUGGUUUCAACGAUGAGGAUGACAAUUGUCCAUUUGUUGCUAACGUUGGUCAAGCUGACUCGGAUGGCGAUGGCGUGGGUGAUGCAUGUGACAAUUGCCCUGACGAUGCCAAUACCGCACAGGGUGAUACAGACCAGAACGGAUACGGUGACACAUGCGAUGUCAUUGGAGCCACUAACAAAGACAUGGAUGGGGAUGGUAUUCUAGAUCUAGAUGAUAAUUGUGUAAGCAUUCCCAAUGCCGAUCAGGCAGAUACUGAUGCUGAUGGUGCUGGUGAUCUGUGUGAUAAUGACAAAGACGGCGAUGGCAUCUUAGACGACACUGACAACUGUCCCUAUGUUUCCAACAGCGGACAAGAAGACACAAAUGGUAAUAAUUUGGGAGAUGUUUGUGAGACCGACUUCGAUGGCGACGGCACAGUGAAUAGCGACGACAUAUGUCCCAACAGCAACCGCUACCAAACAACUGACUUCUCUACAGGUUUCAUCUCUGUGGAGCUAUACCCUGGUCUAGUUAACGGGACCAGCCCAGUCUGGGUGGUGACGGACAAUGGAAAGGAGAUUCGUGAAAUCAGCAACACCAUCAUGCCGUCUAUGUUGAUUAGCCAGACAUCAAUGGCCGAAGUGGAUUUCACCGGCACCAUGUUUGUCAACACGGACGAGGGAAACAAUUACAUUGGUUUUGUCUUCGGUUACCAGAGUAACCGGAAAUUCUAUGUUGUGAUGUGGCGACGUGAGAACAUGAACAAUCCUGACUAUAAGGCUGGUAUAAGAGGACUGCAGAUCAAGAAAGUGACCUCUGCCACCGGGCCUGGCCAGUCAUUGGCUGAUGCUCUGUACCACUCCGCCACCACAGCCAAUCAGGUUGAGUUGCUGUGGCAUGAUCCAUUCCUGCAGGGGUGGCAGCACCAGACUUCGUACCGGUGGUUUCUGACCCACAGGCCAGACAUUGGGCUAAUAAGAGUUGUCAUCAAGGUAGGAGAGGAGACUCUGACAGAUUCUGGGGACAUCUACGACACCACCUACCUAGGUGGGCGGCUCGGAGUGUUUGUCUACGAUCAAGAGGAUGUCAUAUGGUCAAAACUGAGCUACAAGUGUGCAGACAGGGUCAAUCAAGCUCUGGAAUUUGAUGGCACAGAUGAUCAUGUUGUCCUACCUACCUUAGAAAUCUUGCAACUUACCUCAAGUUUCACCCUAGAAGCAUGGGUGCAUCUCCCCACCAAUUACCCCUCAACUGCCAUGCCUGUCUUGUGCACUUUGGAUGGAAUGCUUUGCAUGUUCCUUGAAAAUGGGUAUUUGAAGGGCCAGGUCGGUGACCGAGUUGUGGUUGGUUCUACUGUUCUGCCUGAUUCUACAUGGAAACACAUUGCUAUGAGAUUUGAUUCUCAGAAUAGUGAACUAAGUGUGUUUGUCAACGGAUCAGUUGAAGCUACAGAAACAACUGUUGCAACCCCCAUCUGGGGGAAUGGUACCCAGCUGUAUAUUGGGAGAGAUGAGGACAGUUUCUUCACAGGAACCAUGGAUGAGGUGCGCAUCUGGGGUGUAAGCCUCUCUGAUGCAGAGAUUGAGGAACACAUGCAGCUAGCUAGCCUGGAACGACAGAAGCAUAAAGACCUGCUGGAUGCACACUAUAACAUGGACAAUGAAGAACAAGGAUCAAGUAUGCUUCUAGACCAAGGCUUGUAUUCCCACCACGGUCUGAUAGUCGGGGACCCUGACUUCACCCCGAGCUUUGUUGAUCAGGGACGCUUCCAGGUCACCUACCCUGAUAACCGGCGUAGACGGCGCAGACGGAGUGUGGAGUAUCAGUAUGAGGAAAACCACUCUGAAUUGUAGAGUGAUGAAAAAUAUAGUCAAAAGCAUAUAUAGAUGCUUGGGAUAUAUCACUGCAUUGGCACCACGCUUGCAUGCAUGAUGCCUGCAUUCUUAACACCUGUGCUUUAGCAUCGUGACACCUGCAGCCCUUACAGUGAAACCUUUGAAUCUUUAAAGUCGAUAAAAACCUUUAUUUCAAAUUGGGAGCCUAUUAUAUUUUUCUAAAUAACCUAUACAGGGUGGUCCAAAAAAAAAAAAAACCGGAACGGCAUAGUUCUACUACCCUGACUCGAACCACAUAUACGAAUUAAUGGACAAUCUUUUUAGCAGAAAAACGAAACCAAGAUUGCAUGAUUCAGUUCUGUAGUUUUUGCUCUAGAGGCUAUUAUGGGAAGCAAGGUUGGGGUCAUUUUGUCUCGUUGAAUUACUAAACCGUGCUCGGGAAUUUGACUGACAUUGUAAUUGAUGGAGGGAUUGUUAUGUAAUAAUACCCACAUGAAAGAAGUGUGCUUUACAAAAUAGGCUCUGCAGCAAAAACUGCUGGACCGAAUCAGGAUAUUUUGGAAUCAUAAGUUUUCUAAAAGGAUUCUCCAUCGAUUGGUACAGGUGAUUUGAGUCUCAAGGUCAGUAGUGGAAGUAUGCCGCUCCGGUUUUUUUGGAGGACCACCCCGUAUAACUUAUAAAAACAUGUAUUUCAAAUGUAACCUAUACAGCCUAUAUUAAAAACUAGCAUAUAGCCUACUAGCAUAUUGCAAUUCGGAAGCCUAUUAUAUUUUUUAAAGUAGCUUGUAUAACCUAUACAAAACUAUAUUUUUAUUCUGCCAUACAUUUUUAACACUAAUGGCCUCUGAUUGUACCUGAUGUGAUGGCCUUUGAUUUUUUGUGUUUGUAGGAUAAUCCUUGCAGUAUUUUUCCCAAGAUUUAUAGCAACUGAUAAUGAUUUUGUCAAUACAAAACAUUGUUUUACCGCUUCCUUCUGAUACCUACUUAGUAUAUACAUGUAUAUGCAAGAUAGUACAACAUUUUUUUUAUACAUUGUAUUCCUUUUCACCAUGUUUUAUUGUUAAAAUAUAUAGUGGUAAUAUACUUUUUAUACUCUGGUAUAUUCUUUUUGUAUAAUUUAUUAUUGCAGACAUAUAUCUGCUAUGGUACAGAAUUUGUAUUUGAGGCAUAAUCGCUAUUUUGAACUGGCUCAGUUUAUUCCCAUAUCGUAAAAUAAUCCCAGUGAAUUUGGUGAAUUAUUAAAAAUAACAUUUGUAGGUAGUGUUACACCUGUUAAUGGUUUCUUAGGGAGACAUUUUGACGUCAUUAAGUUUACCUUAGGAAAACAUGGACAUUAGAAAGACACUUUGUCUCCCUAAUGUCACAGCUAUUUAGAGGCAUAGUUUUAAUGUCGCAAAUAGGCUAUAGAUAGAUUGCUCUUGGUCCAAAACAUAAUUAUACCAACAUUCGCGGGGUAGGAUAAGGUAUAAUUGGGGUAAGGUGACAUUAAAGUAAGAAACAUUUUGUGCUCACGUCCAUGGGGUGGGAAUUUCUCCUAAAUGACCCAUUAAUUAAAGGUAUUUUUUAUCUUUAAAUGAAAUUUUUGAAUUAAUACAUGUAGCAUGUUGUAUGCAAUACAGGGUAUAUUUUGAAAAUAUAAAAUGAUAUAAAGAUAUAUUUAGUCGGCCUGAACCUACAUGUUCUUCUAUUGUCACUGAAAAAAGGUCGUUCGAGGUACUGGUGACGUUGUGACGUAAAGGCCUGUGGUUGCUGGUUUGAACCCACCAAGCUCAUGUACAGUUUUCAACAAGAUUAUUAUCACUUUUACCGCAAGCAAAUAUCUGUUGGUUCGACCCCUGCUUAGAUUUUGUUUAACAUUGCCAUGCAGCAUAUCAUAUUAAGUACAUUAUCCGUAAAUAUUUGGCAUAGUGGGAAAAGUAAUGUUCUGAGAAUUAUCUUGAGAAAUAACUCCAUUGUCGUUCUGAACUACAGUGUGAGUAAAAAAAAAAAAAAAAAAACCCGCAUCCCAAAUGGCAGGACCAAAAUUUGAAUGAACUUUUGACCGUAACACUUUCAAAAUCAAGGAUAUGAAAGCCCAAUUAAUGAGUUUUCUUUUAGCACAAGAAUCAUUCAAAUCGCUCUUGUACUUCAAGUAACUGAAUUGUGAACAUAAAACACCGUUUGUGAUUUUUUAAAAUACAAUGUAUGUUUAUCUGAUGGAUUAAAAUAUUCUUUAAAAAAUGCAGACAGCUGGCUUUUUAGCAAUAAGUAUCGGCAAUAAACCGUCCUUUUAUCUGUUUUCAUAAUUUUCUAUUUAUAUAUUUGAUUGUACAAUUGUUUGAAUUGUCCGUCCUGCGAGGAAGAAAGGUUUACGAUUUCACAGAUGUUUGCAAUAUUGAUUGUGUAAAAUGUAUCAGGAUAGGCAAUAUAUGGCUGUUUUUUGGAAAACCGGCCAUUUGUGUAGUUUAUAUUUGUUAGACUAUAUAGUUUGUUAUAUAUGUGUGUGACUCAUAGAGCAGUUGGUAUAGAAUAUUCAUAUUAGAAUAUAACAUUUAUAUAUCUUUAUCAAAAUCACCUCUAUUGAUCAAUCUUACAUAUAAUUUUUUUAUAUGUAUUUUUACUUGCACCAUAUUGCAAUUUAGAUAUAAUAUAAGUUACUUAAUCAGCCGAUUUGUUUUUACAAUCUUAUUUUACAAAUUAGUUCGUGCUUGAAUAUUAAAGACAGUGUUUUUAUUCUGGAUUGUGAUUGGGUGUUCACAACGCGUAACGUAAAGUAUCUUUAUGUAAUUACCCAAAUAUCAAUUUUAUGCGGUAUAUUUGCUGGUCUGAGUUUGAUGUUUUUUUUUUAUAUAUGUGUGUUCGGAUUGUUUGUAUUGAAUAAUAUAUGUACGCAGAGUUAUGCUUUUAAUUAUGCAGAUGAAUGAAGUAAAUAAAGAGAUUGGAUUUAC